ACAUAAACAAUCCAAAACUUCAAAAAACAUUCUUUAGUGUUUUUCUGUUUAUAUAAAGAGCAAAAGCAAACUGAUAUCUCUGGGAAAUUUUAUUCGGGAAACGCAAUCUAUUCAAAUUUCAUCCACAAGAGCCCUAGUUCAAGGGGAAGUAAAAGGCUGAAACAGCUUUGCUUUUGUGGGCAUUUCAGUACCUUUUCUAGAAGAUAGUAGAAUGGAUCGACUGGUUUCAGGGGAACAAGAUUUUGAAGUAGACAUUGAAGCUGGUCUAGCUCAUGUUACGCAAGAAUCCACUUCGGACAAUGUGUCUGAAAAGAUUGAUGAUGAUGUAAACUAUCCAUUAUUGGGAAACGAGGAGAAUCCAACAGAAACAAACAGUCAAAGUUUAGAUGGUUCUGAGAGAAAACGCGAUGUUGUAAAGUUCAAGAAACCAAGAAAGGCUUCAAAGCCACCUAGACAUCCAAAACGCCCUUCUUUGACGGCAAAUGACCACAAGGUGAUGAGGGAAAUAGCAGAGCUGGCUAUGAGAAAGCGUGCAAGGAUAGAAAGAAUGAAAAGUUCCUUAAGAAGAAUCAAAGCAGCCAAGUCAGCAUCAUCAACAUCAUCAUUUUCAUCCAUCAGCAUCUUCUCGAUGAUAGUAACGGUUCUAUUCCUCGGCAUUCUUGUCUUUCAAGGAUUCUUCACCGACAAUUCGAAUCUAAGUUCAGAAAAAUCACCUGCACCAGUUGUUUCACCUAACAAUAAAAUGGUUUCAGUUCAGUCCUACAAUGACUUUGCUCCCAUUAAGCUAACCGAUCCCAGUCCGACCACCUCGUACAGUUUCAGAUACACGAGGAAACGAAUUUCGGGUGCAGAGGAAGAAGAAUCCAGAGAUGUUAGUGUUACUAGAUGAGUUGAUGUGUUUGGUCUUUGAUAUCAACUCAAUAUGUUAAUUCUUUUUGGUUCAAGUUUUGUUCUCUGUCUUGUCUCCUUGUAGAUUUCUGUUGUGCAACUGUCUUGGCUAUAAUAACGGUCUUUGUCGA